AGCAGCGAGAUACACUAGUCUUGUCACGCUUGCUCGAAAGUCCCCGAAGAAGAAAACAGUUGCGUCACUUCUGCCCCUAUUCAAAGAUGGCGUCUCAAAAUGGGACGGACGGCGUGAAUGAAGCACGAGCUUUGAAAAAAGCAGAAAAUGACAAACAAACAGAUGAAGCCGAUCUCUUGACUGUUCCCGAUGGCUGGAAAGAGCAGCCCUUUACCAAAGAAGACAACCCCCGCGGCAUGUUGGAGGAGAGCAGCUUCGCCACGCUGUUCCCAAAAUACCGAGAGUCCUACCUGAAAGAUUGCUGGCCGCUGGUGGAGAAGGCUUUGGGAGAAACGUACAUCAAAGCUUCGCUGGACCUGAUUGAGGGAAGCAUGACUGUCUGCACCACGAGGAAAACCUUUGACCCAUACGCCAUCAUCAGAGCCAGGGAUCUCAUCAAGCUCCUUGCCAGGAGCGUUCCAUUUGAACACGCUGUACGGAUAUUGCAGGACGAAGUGGCAUGUGACAUCAUCAAAGUAGGCACCCUGGUGAGGAACAGAGAGCGGUUUGUGAAGCGACGACAGCGUCUUAUCGGCCCGAAAGGUUCCACCUUAAAGGCUUUAGAACUGCUGACCAACUGCUACGUGAUGGUUCAGGGCAACACCGUGUCCGCCCUGGGACCCUACAACGGCCUGAAGGAGGUGCGCAAAGUUGUCAUGGACACGAUGAAAAACAUCCACCCCAUCUACAACAUCAAGACGCUGAUGAUCAAACGGGAACUGUCCAAAGACCCUGAGCUCCGGGUGCAGAACUGGGAGCGCUUCCUCCCCAAGUUCCGACACAAAAAUCUGUCCAAGCGCAAGGAGCCCAAGAAAAAGAGGGUGAAGAAAGAGUACACCCCCUUCCCGCCGCAACAGCCAGACAGCCAGAUUGACAAGGAGCUGGCCACGGGUGAAUUCUUCCUACGAGAAAGUGACAAAAAGAGGAAGCGGAUGGAAGAGAUCAAGGUGAAGCAAGCCGAGGCGCUCACCAAGAAGCAGGAGCAGAGGAACAAAGCUUUUAUUCCCCCGAAAGAGAAACCCUUGCCCAAGAAGAAGACUAAAGCUCCCGUGGAAAGCAAGCUGGACAUCGGCGCCAUUAAGGACAAAGUAAAAAAGGCCAAAACCAAGAAGCUGGGAGCCCCUCCGGUGAUGCCGGCACCCCCCGCCGACAGCACCGCAAACAAAAGGAAAAAAACUAAGCAAAGCAAAAGCUGAGGAUCACACGGAAAACUGUCUACUUUCCCUUGGAAUUUGGGAACUGUUGGACUCUCGGAGAGAGAGAGAGAGAGAGUGAGAGAGUGUGAAACCUUCCACCCCCCAUUUUGUGAGGAAUCUAUCUGUAAAUUUUCUGUGUGCUGUCCAGAUCACCCCAGUCAGUAUUUGUAGUUGAGAUCUACUCCUCCGCUCUGUGGUGCGUUGGACCACUUUUCUGAAAUUCCAAAUAAAGCCGCCGUUUAGAUCUGUGUCGCA